UCUAUGAAAGGCACCUUAGCAAAGACUUUCGAAUGACCACCCAAUGUAUUAUUAGUAUAAAGAUGUUUGAAAGGCUGAUGUCAAGGUCGGGAGAGACAGCUACUAGUCAGUGUGUAUGACGACAGCGCCGGAGAGGCUGGAUACAUAGGCUGAAUACAGGAACUCACACGUGCUUUCCAGCAGCGUAUGUAUAACCUGGCCCUUAUGUAAAUAGCGCUAUUAUGACAACAUAUGGUGGAUGUCAAUAGUGUAGUCAGCGACGCUCACUUCGUCAAGCGGAAGAGUUUAAAUGGAUUGUCUCUCAGAUUUCAUUACUGGCUAACAACUUUUGCUUAUCCAGGAGACGGAUUCAGUUACAAGAAAUGAGGAAAAAACACAUCACUAAUUCCAAUAUAGCAUCCAAUGUGUGUUCAAUGGAGGUGUACAUAAUCUACUUCUAAACCGUACAGAGUAAUCAACAGUGAUAAGACAUGCAGGUAGUGUACAGUGGGGGGUCGACCCCAAGCCCCUCCCCUCGGCUCCACCGUAAACAGUACACGGGGUACGGGCGUCCCGUCCAGCCCGGGUAUGUGCUGGGGCCACCUCCUGUUACUACAAUGCAUCGCAGCCCCUCCAGGGAGAAAAAUCCCCCCAUCGAGGAGGACGAUUCCAGUUUAAGGGACUCGAUACCUGUGAUGAGUAAACCAUUGGCUAUCACCUGUCUCAUCUGUAAUAUAGUACUACCAGGCUUAGGGACGUUCAUAUCCGGCCUGUCGAUCCUAUGUUGUACGAGAGCUAAGACGAAAGAGAUGAGCAAGAAGAAGAUUGUUCUUGUGAACACGUGGGUGGCCUUUCUACAGUUCAUAACCGCCUUCGUCCUCCUCCUGGGCUGGAUCUGGAGUAUCAUGUGGGGCGCAGCUUUCAUGUCCAUAUCAGAUCAACAUUAUGAAAAGUUACAUUCUGAGAAUAAUCGGAAGGGGCCCGACAAAUUGAAAGAGGAAGCAACAAAAACCGAGAAAGAGGAACUUUCUCCUCAUAAAGAGUUACCGAAGCCGGACCCACCCAGUUCCCCUAAACUAGAACCCAUUCCACCAUUCACAAACACGGCGCCGUCAACCAUCACCGGAUCUGCUUCCGACACACAACUUCAUCCUAUGAUUGUACUGCAAGAAAUUCCUGUCGUUAACCAAUCAGAAUCGACAUUAUAUCCCGCGCGACCAAUUUUGAAUGCCAGAACAAGGCACCAAAAAAUCCUUCGUCGUCAAAUGUCAGACAAUGACUUAUCUCCCUUCAGUUUGACACAAGAACAACUACAGGAGAUUGUAAUACACGCCGCUCCCGUCAAUCGGAGACGGGGACUUCCGAGGGGGGACAGCGCCGCAUCGGAACCCUCCGCAACGGGUACAACGCUCAUCAAUGUCGCCGAGAAAUAGAUUAUCUUAUUUGUUAUAAAGAAUACAGAUUUAAGAGCAACCAGGAAGAAAUUUAACAGAGUUAACAAAUUAAUAUAUUCAUAUGAACGCACACACAUAUUUGGGCGGUCUAUCACAGAAAUGGGUGUAUUUGUGGCUGUAUUGCAUAAUUGUUCAUUUGUUUUGUGUACAUGUAACCGACUUGUCACUUUCUACACACCGGGCGAGGUCUUAGAGACGGAUGAUAUAUUCUAGAUUACCAACAUUUUCUAAGAUAUAAGGAGGAGAUACUGUUUGCGAUUUCUCACAAAAAAAAACCCCCAUAAAAACCAGAAGUGGGCGUAACAGUACCAUAGGGAUACGUCCGAGUGUAACAGUACAAUAACGAUACGUCCCAGUGUAACAGUACAAUAGGGAUACGCCCCAGUGUAAAAAUACAAUAAGGAUACGUCCCAGUGUAACAGUACAAUAAGGAUACGUCCCAAGUUGUGGCUCUAGUUGUGUUGAUUCUACAUUCCAUCGCGAUUGUAAACUGUAUUUGAUAAAAACACAAAUCCCGUUUGUCAAUAAUUUGAAAACAAUUCAGUUUUGUCUCGUUAAUCAAAGGUUGGGAAGCGACAUUUUCUCUAUACGGAUAAAUGAAAAAAAUUCGCAUCGUUCACAACUAAGUCAAACAAUUCCAACUCGGAAAGGUUGUGCCUGGUUCUACUGGAGAUAACUCUCACAUCCGACAGUUAAAUAAAUAUCUUGUGAUGAUUACAGUCAAAUA